UCCAUAAACCUACUGUUUUCCAUCAACUAUAUUCUCCAAUAUUCUUUCCCUUCUUCUGCUUAAAUCUUGACCUGGGUAUCUUUCUUUCUCGUCAAUGGAGGCAAAACUGUUAAUGUCUAACCCACAAACUCUAGCUUAUUUUGGGACUAACCCAGAAAAAUUAAGGACACCCUUUAAUCUUUAUCCUUACCAAAUUGGCAAAAAUUGCAGCUUAAGCUUUUGCAGAAGGAUAAAUUCAUCAAUGAAGGGCAUUCAAUCCUCUAACGUUUCUUCAGUUGUUGCUGGCGUACAGUCUAAGACAAGAAUCGAUGAGAGUGAAAGCUUGACCCUAGAUGGUAUUCGGAACUCCUUGAUUCGGCAAGAAGAUAGUAUCAUAUUUAGUCUUCUAGAGAGAUCGCAAUUUUGUUACAAUGCUGACACAUACAAUCCUGACGCGUUCCCUUUGCAUGGCUUUCAUGGGUCUUUGAUUGAAUUUAUGCUUAAGGAAACUGAAAAGCUUCAUGCUCAGGUGGGAAGAUAUAAGAGCCCAGAUGAGCAUCCUUUUUUUCCUGAGGAUUUACCUGAACCAUUAUUGCCACCUAUGCAAUAUCCUCAGGUUCUCCAUCCUCAUGCUGAUUCAAUUAAUAUAAACAAAUUAAUUUGGAAUAUGUACUUCAAUGACCUUCUGCCAAGACUUGUAAAGGAUGGAGACGACGGAAAUUGUGGUUCUUCUGCUACUUGCGACACAAUAUGCUUGCAGGCACUCUCUAAAAGAAUACAUUAUGGCAAGUAUGUGGCAGAGGCAAAGUUUCGAGCUUCACCUGAUAUCUAUACAGCUGCUAUUGCGGCACAAGACAAAGAUCAAUUGAUGAAUUUGCUGACAUAUGAGGCAGUGGAGCUAGCUGUACAGAGAAGAGUUGAAAUGAAAGCCAAAACAUUUGGACUUGAGGUGCCUGUCAACCCAGAUGCUAUUGGUGAUGAGUCAUGCCCAGCUUUCAAGAUCAAACCUAGUUUGGUUGCCAAUCUGUAUGGGAAAUGGAUUAUGCCUUUAACAAAAGAGGUUCAAGUUGAUUACUUAUUAAGAAGGUUGGAUUGAACUUAUCCUCAUUUUCCUAGAGUGCGAUGAGAUUAUACAAUCGAACUCAGCAUGUUUUGGUUGUUGUAUGAAUGUGAACUAUGAACAAUUCGAUGGGCAUGAUUAUGUAUGGGUUUAAUGUAUAGCUCACUAGCUUGUAUAGCCCUUGACCCCUGUGUAACCGUUUCCUUAAUGACCAACAUCAUUUGGUUCUGCAUAUUUAUCUAUGAAAGCCUUAAUUUCCCUCAUGGGUGGAAAGUGUGUUAAUUUGACCGGGAAAAAAAUGAUAUAGUGAUGAACUCAUGAACCAUUAGUGUAGCCCCAAGAGAAGGCAAUCUGUACUUUGUUAGUUUUCAGUCAUGGUAUGGUUAAGUUCUUUUCUGUUUGUAACA